UAUGUUAGCUGACAAAACUAGUGCCUAUGUGAAUUAAAGUUCAGUUUAAUCUAAACAACCUAGCAAAAGAGUGGUAAUAGAAUUAUUAACAUAAUAGCAACUUGAUAUUUAAUAUGUAGCAUAAACUUUUGAAAAGACUCAAUCAAUUAAUAAUCUUUAAGAUAUGUUUCCAGAUAAUUAAUCAACAGAAUUAAGAAAUUCUAUGACAAAUGAAGAAAGUGAAAUAGAAAAAUUAUCAUAAGCUUAUGCAGAUAAAUAUUAUUAUGAGAUGAAAUUUGAACAAUAUUAAAAUUUACUUACAUAAUAAUAAGGCACAAUUACUAAAUUGCUUAAUGAAAAAAAGGAUUUACUUGCUAGACUUGAAUCUGCUAAAAGUAAUGAAAAAGAAAUUAGUCUAUUGUAAUAAUUAGAAGUUAAAUUUAUUGAAAGUCAAAAAGAAAAAUAAUAAUUAUAAAUGGAAUGUUAAUAAUAUAAAUAUUAAGUUGAAUAAUUACUUGUAGCUAAUAAUGAAUUAUAAUAAUCAUUUCAAUCCUUACAUAAUUAAUUUGUUGAAUAUAAAGAUAAAUAAGAUAAAUACUCAAUUAAAUAACAAGAAUUGAUAGCUAAAUUAACAGAUGAUAUUGGUAAUCAAAAAUAUUUAUAAGAAAUACAUUCUCAAAUGUAAAAUAUUAAAUAAUAAAAUAAUUAACUAUCUGAAUAAUUAUCUUAAUAGGAACUCAAUUUCUAAAUCAAAUUAUAAGAAAUAUAAGAAAAAUAUCUUAUAUAAACUAAUGAAUUAACAUAAGACUGUGAAUCAUAAAUUGAAUAAAAAGAAGAAGAAUUACAUUUAUUAAAAAUGGAAUAUGAAAAAUAAAAAUCAGAAACAUAAAAAUUACAUAAUGAAAACAUGUAGCUAUAAAAUCAAAUUUAAUAAUUAACUUAAAAGUAUUCUUUUUUUAUUAAUUAUUUAUAGUUAUUAAGAUGAUAUAUAAGCUCAAGCAUCUUUAUUAUCUGAAUAAGUAGCAGAGUAUAAGAUAGUUAUAUAGAAUCUUGAAAAUUAAUUAUAUCAAAUGAACUAAGAAAUUAAAUAAAGAGAUAGAUCUUCUUCUAAAGAUAGUAUGAUAAAUUCAAGAUUGAUUUCCAAUUAUAUCAGUAGGUAUAAACAAUGA